AUGGACCAAGAAACAGCUAAAAAACUUUUAGUUGAAGGUGGAACUUUUGUCUUUUUGGGUGUUCCUCAGGAAACUCAAUUCGGAAUUGAUAUGCAAUGUUGGAAUACAGAUGACGAUUUUCGCGGAAUUAAAAUGAUUCCUCCAGGAUUACAUUAUAUUCAUUAUUCUGGAGUUAGUAAAGGUACAGGUGAUGUAUCUCCACGGUCUGGUUUCAUGCACUUUUUUCACAAAAAAGAGUUUUUAGUCAAAAUGUGGGACAAAAAUACUGAGGACAUGAGCAAAGAGGAAAUAACAGACGAAAGUAUACAGCGUCUUAAAGAUAACCUGUUUAAUUUGGACAGGCACCUUGGACCAUAUCCUUAUGAGAUAUGGCAGAAAUGGAAACUGCUGACAUCACAAAUUACAGCUGAACUUGCAACAAAACUGUCACCAGAAAAUGGUAUCAUUAGAGCAUCUGUUGAACUUCUAUCAACAUCUGAUGAAGACAGGCCACGAGGAAUCAAAUCUUCAUCAAGUUCUAUGGAAAGUCAGAGAAGUACAGAAGAAUCAUUUACAAAAGAGACCAGCGAAGAAACAGAAGAAUCUGCUGGACAGUCAGAUGCUAAAAGAGCUAAAAGGAUAACACGAGAGGAAAGAGAGGAUGCAAUGUUGCCAGAUUUAAAACCUGCACCUGGCAUGUCAAUGCGUUUCACAGAAAUCCCACGCGACAAGUACCCGCCGGGUUCCACACCAGAAGAAAUCACAAAACAUUAUUUAGACCAGUCUUAUUCCCUAGAGCUGAUGAUCGCACAACAUGAUGAACCACUCCAUAUAAUUGGCGAGCUGCAAUUCGCUUACUUGUGCUUCCUUAUUGGACAUUCCCUAGAAGCAUUCGAACAUUGGAAGAAUCUUGUCAUUCUCAUGUGUUCAUGCGAUGACGCGAUACACAAAUACCGCAGCGUUUUCUUCCAUUUCAUUAGAACAAUCGAAGUACAAAUUGAGGAAAUGCCAGAAGAUUUCUUAGCUGAUAUUGUUAUGAACAAAAACUUAGUUUAUAAGAAGCUUCGAGAAUUUUUCCGUACAGCAUAUGUUAGCAAGGUUGAUGGACGCCUUCUGACGAUGAUUGAGAGAUUCAAAGAAAAUCUGACGGACAAACUUCAAUGGGAUUUCACAGGCUUAGAUGCUGAUGAAGAAGACGAGAGGCCAGUUAUAGUAAAGAUAGAUGAAGCGGAAUAG